AUGAAGACUUGGUUGUUAAUUAAUUUGAUGGCUGCCAUUCUCACAAUGAUUGUUGCAGAUGGGAAGUUGGAUGAAUUUAAAAAGACGCUAAAAAUAAACGUUAUGUUGCAACUGAGCGGAGAGGAUGAUCCAAGUCACGAUCAUUCGGGAAUUAUGAUGUUGGAAGCUGUGAAAUACGCUGUCAAAAAAAUCAACAACGACUCGUCCUUUUUAAAUGGUUAUAAGCUUGCCAUUUACAAAGUUUUCAGUUCCUCGAUGGAAGCAAAGAUCCGCGACUACGUGUUAGACACAUUCAAACACAUCGUGCCAUUUCUGAUAGGACCCUACACGUCAGAGCUUUCCUAUGUUACAAGCAUUCUUACGGGCACGUUCCAUCAAAUAUCAAUCAGUCACUCAGCGACCUAUCGAGAUUUUGAAAAGUUUGGACCAAGGUAUGGUACAAUGCUACGCACUGUUCCUUCAGACGUCUAUCGAGUACAGGCAGCUGUGGAGUUUAUCCAGAAGAUGGGGUGGGAUUACGUUGGUGUUGUCAGCUCUUUUGGUUACAAUGGCGAAAGGGAAGCAAUCCCCUUUAUGUCAAAUAUAUCUGCUAUUAAUAAAUGCUUGGCAAUGCAUAUCAAAUUGAAGAAACGACCCACAGACGAGGAAUAUUCCAAUGUAAACCGUUUAUUAGAAUCUGAUCCUCGUCUCAAACUGGUGGUGCUGUUCACUACAAAGAACGAUUCUCGCAACAUCUUACGCUGGCUUAACAAAACAAAUCACCGUUUUAUUAUCUUCUGUAUGUACGGUUGCUCUAACUAUAUCGAAGUAGUUAAAGGAAUAGAAGAAAACGCAAAUGGUGUUUUGAGUCUUGAUGUUCACACGCCGGAGAAUCUUGGAUUUAAAAAAUAUUUUCUUGGACUUCAACCCACAAUGACAUCGAACUCUCGUUUUGUUUCCUUUUGGCAAUCAGUUUUCAAUUGUUCCUUCAGCAAUAAGUUAGAGUCUAUAUGUACCGGUAAGGAGCAGCUUUCAGAAGGAAAAGGGUAUUAUCCCCUUACACCUGUCCAUACCGUUAUCAACGCCGUUAAAGCGAUCGCUGAUGCUACAAAGCAACUGAUUCUUAGAAGAUGUGGAACUCUCAAUUCAGCAAAUUUGCAGGAAUGUGAUUUCAAAGCGUAUGAUGUCAGCUCAUAUACAGCGGAAGCUUUCAAGAAUUUAUUAAAAUAUUCAUUUAAAGAUGGAACGAUUCAAAAUCAUUGGAAUGGCAACGGUGAUGAUAUCGUUCGUUAUGACAUACACAAAUUUCUUGCCGUUAAUAAUUCAUUUCAGAAUCUUUUCAUAGCAAGCUGGAGCGUAAAUAGGACCAAAUAUACACCAAAGAUAAGAGGGCAUUUGCGUUUGCACCAAAACUGGGAAACGUAUGUUAAAAAUCAGAAAGCGUUAUGCAGUGAAGAGUGUCAAUAUGGACACAUUAAACAAUGGAGUACCGAUCUAUUAAAAAAACAUUGUUGCUGGACGUGUUUUAAAUGUCCUGCAAAUAGCAUCGUUUCUAACAACACAUGUGUUGACUGCAGGUACACUGAGAAAGCAGAUGUCGUUCAUAACUCCUGCAACCCUCUACCUGAAAAAAUCAUGCAGCUUCAAGGCAAUCCAAUCACGGUCGUGUUUAUGUUAUUUUCAAUUGUAGGAAUGUGUCUUGAUGGCUUGGUUAUCGGUUUGUUUAUCAAAUACAACGACUGCCGUUUUGUGCGAGCGUCUGGAAGAGAUCUAUGCUACAUGAUUCUAUUCGGCAUCUUCAUCAUAUUUUUGAGCCCAUUUUUGUUCCUCGGUUACCCAAACUUAUCUACGUGCGUACUACGGAGUGCGUUACCUGGCAUUGGAUUUCUCGCGUGUUAUGCACCGUUGUUUCUUAAAACAAACCGAAUUUAUCGCAUAUUUUGCCAGGCACAGAAAUCAAUCCAAAGGCCACCAAUAGUGAGCUCAAGAUCCCUUUUGUUGAUCUCGACAGGGAUUGUGAUUUCUCAAAUUCUAUUGGUCAGUGUGUGGUUCAUAUCGGAUAUCCCAAAAUCAAUUGCAAUUUUAUCGGCCAACAAAGAGUACCUAACUAUUCAUUGCAGGGGAGAUUCAAGUCCAGUCUUACUGCUCCUAAAUGUCAUCUUGAGUGUGUUAUUCAUGAUUUCAUGCACCGUGUUGGCUUUUAAAACAAGAAAUUUUCCUAAAAAUUACAACGAAGCCAAAUAUAUCGGUAUCACACUUUACAUAACUUGCGUGGCUUGGUCGAUCUUUCUUCCGGCGUAUUUUUUAAUACCGGAGUCAGACUUUACACGAGAAUACUGCAUGAACAGUGUCAGCAUUAUCAUCGGUUAUGUCACGUUGUUCGGUCUAUUUGGUCAAAAGGCUAAAAUGCUUUUGUUUCAAGACAAAUUAAUCAACAUCAAAGAAAAUCUACCGACAUGGUAUUUGACGGAAUCUAAAGAUCAAUGCGAUGCGACGACGAUAGACCUUCGUCGAAUUAGUCAAAUUGAUUGUGACACCCUGUGA